AUGGAGGACGAGAACCAAAGAAUUAACUGGAGGAGAAGAGCUCGUCAGAUGAACGAUGAAGACAACCGGCCAACAAAUAGACGUCGUCAAAAUGAAACUCAAAACGGCGGCGUACAAGCUGGUUAUCACGUCGAACGCCUUCCCCUUGACCUAAGCUUGGGGCAGCCUGGCUUGGGGCCAACACCAGACUCCUCUCAACAGAUCCCGUCCAUAACGACGUCGUCGCUUCCUCUAGCACCACCACUAUUGCCUUUUGCUCCGCCUAUGACGACCUCGUCGCUUCCUCUAGCACCAGCAUCGCCUUUUGCUCCACCUAUGACAACGUGGCAGUACUUUGCUCCGUCACCGUCUCAUUUCAUGACGUAUAAUUCGCCCUAUCUGAGCAACUCUAUCUACCAGACAAGACCGUCAACACCGACACAGCCACCGUUCGGACAGUCGUUUAAUGUCUUCCCAUCAUCAUCUUUCGCCUCUUCGACAAGACCACUCAUGAGACCAGUAACUUCCGGGGCCGUGACGUCACGUCGCGGCUACAGAUCGCAGUCCAGCGUUAACCGUAAAGACGAUACGAUCCCGCCGCCGUUUCCAUGGGCAACGAAUAAACGAGGGUGGAUACAAAGCUUGGAGGAUCUCGCGUCGAAACAGAUCACCACUAUCACCGGUGAGGUACAAUGCAAACACUGUGAGAAAGUGUAUCAAGUGAGUUACAACCUGAGGGAGAAGUUCUCGGAGGUUAAGGAUAUUUUCGUGAUGGAGAAAUGGAUUAUGAGAGAACGAGCUCCUCCAGUAUGGACAAAUCCAGAACCGGCGAGAUGCGAGCUCUGUGGACGUGACAAGGCGGUGAAGCCGGUGAUUGCUGAACGGAAGUGUCAGAUUAAUUGGUUGUUUUUGCUUUUGGGACAAACGUUAGGUUUUUGUACGUUGGAGCAGCUCAAGAACUUUUGUAAGCAUUCAAAGAGUCACCGGACCGGAGCUAAGAAUCGUGUGCUUUACUUGACGUAUCUGGGACUUUGCAAGAUGCUUGAGCCUAACCGUGAGCUCUUUCACCGUGAAACAUGGAGGCGGUGUGAGUAA